CCGGGGUACUUGAACCGACCCUUUUUCAGAAGCUGACAUUGAUUCGAUUCAAUCUCCAAGCACGAAAACCAACACAGCGGUAAGACAUGAGGGUGACAAUCGAAAAGGCCCAGCAGCUAGCGAGCCAAGCACUCUUGAAGAUCGGGUUUAGCGAGGAAGAUACAACCAUCGUUUCUGACCACCUCAUUGACAGCGAACUCCGUGGCUAUGGAAUCGCAGGGCUCGCAAGGAUUCUGAGCAUUGCCGACAGGCUCAAUGGACAGACGCCCAGGCAUCAAGUUCAAGUUACUACCGAAUCACCAACGUCAGCUCAACUUGAUGGCAAGGACACGCUCGGGUAUCUAGUCGCUCACCAAGCAACCUCCAUGGCAAUUGCCAAGGCAAAGACCCAAGGCAUUUCAGCCAUCGGGGCCAGCAAUACCUACUACACUGGCAUGCUCUCUUACUAUGCCGAGAUGGCUGCUGCGGCAGAUUUGGUCACCAUUAUCGCCUCUCACUGCACCCCAUGGGUGGCCCCGGAGGGCACAUACAAGCCUUUACUGGGGACGAAUCCUUUUUGCAUUGGUUUUCCCAGCCCUGACGUGCCAAUCAUCUACGACAUUGGUACAUCAAGGAUAAUCCAUGCUCAAGUUAUGCUUGCCAUGCGGAAAAACGAACAGCUCCCCCCGGAUACUGCCUUUGAUGAGAACGGCGAGAUGACCACAGAUCCAGAAAAGGCUCUCAAGGGUGCUCUGGCGGUUUGGGGAGGAGCUAAAGGCAGCGGAUUGGCAAUCGCGGUCCAGCUAUUAGGCAUCCUCGCCGGAGCUCCUGCAUUGCCACCAAAUUUGGAGGAUUUCGGGUUUUUCAUCGUUGCCAUUGAUCCAGCAAAAUUCAGGCCAGUGUCUGAUUUUAAAUCCGAGGUUGGCAAGCUCGUUAAUGCGUUCCACUCGGCUCCCACACUGGCGGGGAAAGACGCUCUCAGGUUGCCAUUCGAACGGUCAAACAAACGUCGCUCUCAGAUUCGAGCUGCGGGGUAUCUGGACGUGGAUGACAUCGUGAUUGAGCGGUUGGAAACUUUGGUGAAACAGUAGUCCACAGAAAUCUUUUGACGCCAAUCUCUACAAACAAGUAUCGAAACCGAAUAUCAUUAAAUUGGCAACGUGAAUGGUGAUGAGCAGCGUAGGUAGUGCCAGGUAUUCUGCCAAGCUCGUUUAUCAUCGAUCAGGAACUACCAUUCCGGGCUUGGGUCGCGUUAUCAAGAUUUGUUCGUGCAAGCUCAAAGGGAAUGGUGGAGUUUGAUAAGUGGCGCCUUGUUAGUUGAAGUACACAGAACGCCGAGUUCUUUUGCUGACUUUUUGAGUAUACUGUGCGCAAUCGACGAGAGAAUGCUUUGUCUUUUGAGCUUAAGUCGAUGAAUGCCUGGGCCGCUGAGCCUCUUACCCUGGACCAUAAUAUAUAAUGUAGAUCCGCGAAACAAGAAGUCUCUGCUCUUCCAAA